UCAAUCACGGCCCUGCACCCAGCUAUCGGUUAACCGCAUUUCUUGUUGCUGACCCUUGCACGCCGUCACUUCAUGAUGAGCUGAUAUGCUUGCAGGGGUUGUCCUCGGCCCUCGAGACUGGACAAAUAUGAAAUGUAAGCAGCGAUUCAUCAGGUCCCAAGCCUCUCGCGAAGCGCCCUGCACACACACGAGUCACAAACACACGUGUUUAAGCGUAACUUACACGCUUCAUCGGUUCAAGUACCUUCUUCAUGUGUCGAUCCUCAUUGUCGACAUCGAAGGGAAAAUGCCCGAGAAGAUGACGUCGCAUUCCGCCCGAUGCACAUACAUAUGUGUGUGACUUGCAGCGCCCUCCAGCAGAUAGCGAGGGGCGGAGGAGACGGAAGCAGAUCUUGAUCUUCUCUGCAUCAGAACAGGACACACACGCACAUUCGCAUGGUCAUGCAACGCCUUCUCUCGUGUGUGUGAGUGUGUGAGUACAUGCACUGAAUGCCCUGCUGUCGAUGUGCGACAUGGUGUCAGACUCAUUGCCGCUUGCCGUUCCAACACACUCUCCUUCCACCUGCACACACCCAUACAGCCAGGCAGAAGAACACAUUACUUACAUUCACAUGUUUGUGUACAUGAAAUGCUUGUGCACACAUACCAUCGAAUGCUCGCACGCUCAGAAAGGGUCGACGUACACCGACUCGACCAUUGUGCCAUCGAAAUCGACCACAAUCGCCUGCAACUGAUGGACGCGUGUGUCGUGUUUGCGGGGUGUCUUGUAGGGUUGCUCACGUUGGGGUCCUUCAUGUGCGGCAGCAGGCAGAGCGCCAUAGUCCCACGUCAGCCCCACCGAGUGGCUCCGCGAAGCAUCCACCAUGAAAUCGUGCACCAAAGUGUCAGGAGACACAUGGGUGGUGUGCUCAUCGAUUAUGGGUGUCGUCUGUGUACCUCUUCUGCUGGCGUCGGCGCAUGCCCAGAAAUUGUUGGCCAGGUGUGUGGCAUCCACUGUUGAGCCGUUCCGCUCCACUGUUGAACUGCCUGAGGAGACACGGUGGUUCGAGAGAUAUAGACAGCAAAAUAUAAAGUGUAGGCAGCGAUGCCCAAGAACUCUCCUGGCGCCUCGUCGUCCGCUGGUGGGAUCCUGAAGAAACAAAGAAAAACGGACAGAGACAGAUGGACACUUUCAUUUUAUGGAUGGCCUUCUCGACUAGGGGGUGCCUACCCGCCCAGUGCGCCACCACCGUUGGCACCAACAAACACCGACCCUGCUGCUGCUGCUGCUUUUGCGGCAGGGAUGAUAUGAUCUCGCUCUCACCGCUGCCUGUCGGCCGCUCGGCUUCCCCACUCAGCCUCCGCUCAAGGUCAAGCAUGGUCUGCAACAUUGCUUCGAGUUCCGGGCGGUUGUCACGGUCGUCCUGAAGCGCUGCGUAGGCCAAAGCGCUGACGUCUUUGGCGAUUUCUCUCGCCCAUUCGACCUCUGUCUCCUCCCUUUCGUGCAGCAGCCUGACGCUCUUGCGAAAGCUUCUGGCAAGCCCGUUGUCGAAGGGCUUGGGCAAGAAGCUGUCCCACUCGAGGCAGUCCUUGAGGUCAUAGAUAAACUUCUCGCGCCUCAUCUUCUUCUCCAGCUCCUGCAGCUCCUCGGCCGGCCUCUCGUCCCUUCUUGCCUGUUUGAGGGCGGCAUCCAGCUGGCGGAAGACCAUGCUCGCCAUGGGGUACGAAUCCCCAAAGACAAAGUGGCGGAGGAUGUGGUCGACCCCCGAGCUGGCGGCCUUGCGGCUAAUGAAGACGGCAUCCCCCUCCUCAGUCAUCAGGCCGCGCUUCUUCAUGGCCGUCUUCGUCUCGUUGGCCAUGGACAUGAUCUCCUCCUUCUCUGCCCCUCCUGUCUCGGUGGCUGCACAGACGGCAACCCACCUCAGCACUGCGGUUUCAGGCGGUGCCGCGUGUGGGGUCAGACCGACGACCUGCAGCUUCUUCACCUGCUCCACAUGGUCAGUGGGUACUCUUGCGAGGCCCCAAGACCCUUCUCCUUUGGGUGGCUCUUCUGCGCGGCGUCGGCGGGAUCCAUCAUUACCGUCCCAGGGCACCGGCCGAGAAAGGCUGGGUGGUGGGGAGGGCUGGUCGAUGGCCACGGGCAGCAUGACAGAACACACUCCUGUCGAGCAGUGCAGCCCACUUGAGGAACACAUCACUGGCCAUGUUGUCAAGGGCGUAGAGGAGGGCGUUGGAGGUGGUGAUGUGGGCGUGGAUAAAUAGACAGAUAGCCCGAAUGCCAAUCACCACCUCCUCUCUGGCCUGGGCGGCUGCUGCGGCCAACAGGGGAGCGGUGUGCUUCUGGGAGAUCUUGCGGAAGUUGUAUUUCGAGAUGGCGUCCAUGAUCUGGAUGAACUCGUACUUGCCUGAAUCAUCGCCGCUGGACACCCAAGGUGUCACCAGGACGACGAUUGGCUUCUUGGUCGCCUCAUCUCCCUCUCCCUCGACAAGGAUUGCCGGCUGCUCUUUGUUGGUGCUGGCAAGGAAAAGCGGCAGGAAGCCCCUCUCCCGAAUGUGUGCACUGCCGCCCGCCAACUUGGCAAGAUCUUACAGCUUCUGCCGCUCGCUGAUGAGGCAGGCGACGUCGACCGAGGCCCCCCCGCAAAGACGCCUUGAUAGACUUGUGAGAGCCCUUCCUUCUCCGACCGCACCUUCAUCUCGAAUGUGUGCUCCUCCUCUCCGCAUCGAAUGGUGAUGGCUGUGGGUCUUGUCACCGGCGUCAAAGGCAUGGUUGAUGUCACUGUUGCUGCUGUUUCAAUGCUGCACACCAAUUUCUGAGAAGAGAGACGAUCCACACGAGACACGGUGCUUCUCAAGGCCCACGGACGACGAGAUAUAAAAUGUAGACACCGAUAGGUGAGGCAGCAAGAGGGUGAAGUCUCCCUCAGGCCGCCUGGCUUCUUCCUGCGGCUGGGUGGCCUUCUUCCAUCUCGUGUCUGAUGAGUAAAUCAAACACACACAUGGCGUUUCCGCGGGGCUGUCUUCAUCCGCUCACGGGCGUUCAAGCAGCUCACGGGCAAGGUCUUCGCCCAGAAGCAAAGAGCCUGCACACACACACACACACACACACAGAGCGCACACAAUCGACGACAGGUACACACACGCACUUUGCCUUCAGUGCAUACUCACCAUUGAUUCAGACUCGUCCACUGCAGCUCCGCUUCGUCUCUCUUGUGCAGAAGCCUGACACUCGGCCGAAAGCUCUUCGCAAGGCCGUCAUAAUCGAAGAGGCUCGCCAAGAAGGUCUCCCACCUUCGAGGCGAAGCUCAGCUUCUGAUGCAUCAUUUCCUUCCAGGACCUGCAUAUCCUCCGGUGGCUUGCCUUCUCUCUUCGCCUGCCUAAUGGGCGCCUCCAGCUUGUGCAUGGCGACACUCAACAUGGCGUAUGAGUCGCCAGAUAUAAAGUGUCGGAGGUAGUGGCCGACGCCCCAGCUCACCGCCGUUGGGACGAUGGAGAUGCUGUCGCCCUCGGUCAUCGUGUCGCGCUCUUUCGUGACCAUCUUCAU